AUGGGAGUGUCACCUAUCAACACUGCGUGCAUUGCGGAAAGAACAUCGCUCCAAUGGUUUGGUGAAAGAACCCCUGUAAUUAACAAGGCUAGUGGAAUUAAGCAAGGAUGUCCACUGAGCCCGAGAUUGUUUAUUUUACUGCUACACCACGUGCUAAUAACGCUGCGGGAACUGAUGCCGGAAAUCAACGUGGAACACUAUGGACACAUCAUUAUACCGUGCAUUCUGGCUUAUGCGGAUGAUCUGCUGUUCGUAUGCGACACGGAUGAAGAUGUUGAAAGGAUAAUUGGUCUAUUAAUUACACUGCUGGCCUCGGUUGGUCUAGAAAUAAACACGAGUAAACCCUGCGUCCUCUACAGAAAUCCCUGCGACAUCAACAACGUCGAACCAGACUCCAUGAGGAAACUCGGACCAUUCGAAUUGAAAGUAGUCACAAAAUUAGGUUACCUUGGUGCAUUCGUAACGAGCAGCUUGACACGGAAGGAAACAACAGCGGAAAGGAUAAAAAAGGCCAACAAGGUUUUUCACGCUGUAUGUGGCUUCUUGAGGAGGUACAAGCUAAAAUGGGAGGUCGUUGAAAGGCUUUACAACUCCUGUAUAUCUCCAGUUCCUCGAUACUCUAUGGAAGUUUCCACGUUGCUCAAAAGCAACAGGAAUGCCCUUAGCGAUAUGGAAAAUUCCAUGCUGGAAAUUCUGCUGUCACUAAGCUCAGACGGAGAGCAAAUCAGGAAUGAUAUAAGAAAUGAACAACGCCUAGCCCAGACUGAGGAGGAGGAAAAUAGCGAGGAGACCGAUCAACAAGAACAGAUAUCUCUAGAACAGAUAGCACCAAAGAUACUGAAGGGAAAAACCAUCAACAACCAAAUAGGGAUAGCACGCCCUAAUUUCUAUGGGAACAUCUUAAGAGGGGGAAAUGAAAGUAUACUGAGAACAGCGCUCAAAUACAGAAUCGAUGAACCAAAGAAAUUAGGAAGACCUGCUUUCACCUGGCGUACAAUGAUCAGAGAAGAUAUUGAAAGGAGCGGCAUAAAUGCAGAGCAGUGGCAGGACUGGGCGCUUAAUAAGGAAAAGUUGAAAAGAGAAGCGAAGAAUUUGCUAAAUACCAUGGUAGAAUCGGAUUAUGAAGUGAGCAGUGCUUCGGAGGAGGACAGUGAAAUAGAUAUGCUACCAUCAGAGUUUGAAGGAUUUGAUGAGGAAAGCCAGGAGUGCAGCGGAUUCGAAGAGAUGUAA